ACAAAAUGGCGGACGUGUCGAAGAUUUGUGACAAGACAAGCUUUCGCGAAUAGGACAGUGGAAAGAAUUAUGCAAGCGUAUCAUAUUGGUUGUCUAAAUAGGAUAUUUCGCUCAAGGAUCUGAAUAUGCGUGCAAAGUGCAAGAGAAAGUAAUAGUUUGAUUGACACAUAAAACGAACAGCUCUGAUAUUUACGACAACGUAUAUUUGUCAAGUCUAAGUGAAGUGCAUUGUGUCAUAGCAGCGAUACAGUGUCCUACCAUGCCUGAAUUAAUCAGCCUUGAUUCUGAAGGAGAAUCCAAAACGUGUUCACAAAAUCGUGGUUGCACCGUACCUCCCACUAAACACCUCGCUCGUUUACUGACUGCAUUGAUAUUAUUAAUUCUUUCCUGGUCUGUUCUGUGGACUGUGAUUGGUCAAGAUGCUCAACCAGGAGGCAAUAUUUUUGGUAUUUUAACAGUCAUGGUAUUUUCAUCAGUUGGUGGUUUACUGGUUAAGUGCAUUCCUCAUCUCUCCCUACCACCACUAUUAGGCAUGCUUAUAGCAGGAUUCAUGCUCAGAAACGUUCCUCAUAUAGACUUUGCUUCACAUAUUGAGAAGAAAUGGUCUUCAAGUUUGAGAAGUAUAGCUCUAGUUAUCAUCCUGAUGAGAUCAGGACUUGGGUUAAACACUGAUGCUUUAAGAAGACUUAAGUUCACUGUCAUGAGAUUAGCAUUUUUGCCGUGUGCUACUGAGGCAGUUAUUGCUAGUGUAAUGGCCUAUUAUUUAUUGGAUAUGAGAUGGCAGUGGGCAUUCCAGUUGGGGUUUGUUCAAGCUGCUGUCUCCUUAGCAGUUGUGAUCCCAUCUCUACUGGAGCUACAAGCAGAAUAUUAUGGAGUAGAGAAGGGUAUACCCACUCUCGUAAUGGCUGCUGCAUCAUUUGAUAAUGUCUUGUCUAUCAGUGGAUUUGGAGUGUGUCUGGGAUUGAGCUAUCACUCAGGUAACUUAGUCUUCAAUAUAUUCCGUGGUCCAAUUGAACUGAGCAUGGGGAUCGUAUUUGGAGUAAUUGUUGGAGUGAUUUGUUGGUAUUUUCCAAGUAAAGAUCAGGAGAACGUUCACAAGACCAGAUUCGUGAUUCUUCUUGGUAGUGCUCUACUGUCAGUGUUUGGUAGUAAUGCAGCUCGUUUCGCUGGUGCUGGGGCUCUAGGAGUUCUCACCAUGGCGACUGUUGCUGCUCAUGGUUGGGGAAAGGAAGCAAAAAUCCCAAUUGCAGAGGCUACAGCUUUCGUAUGGAAAUUUUUCGAACCAUUGCUUUUUGGAUUGGUUGGUGCGGAAGUCAGUGUGAAGUACAUGGAAACGAGUCUCGUAGGUACUGGGCUUGGCAUUCUAGCAGUAGCAUUACUUCUUCGACUUCUCGUAACCUUCGUUGUUCUGGCGAGAAACAACUUAACUAAAAAGGAGAAGAUAUUUAUAUCAAUUGCUUGGCUUCCAAAGGCAACUGUGCAGGCUGCUAUUGGUUCAGUUUCUCUUGACAUGGCUCGACAGGCUGGACUCACUGGAACAUACCAAGAAACCUAUGGAAUACAGAUUCUUACAGUCGCCGUCCUCUCUAUUCUGGUGACUUCACCCAUCGGUGCGAUAGGUAUAUCUCUCGCAGGGCCUAGGAUGUUAACACAGACUCUACCAACAGAGGAUGAAGAUGAUGUUACAGCAAAACUCAACGAGAACGGUGAUGUAGUUGUAGUUACUGCUGUUUAAGGGAACAUGAGCACGGUACUUCUUGUACUCAAAAACAAUGACAACAAAAAACAUCAAUGCGACUCUCAAAUGGCUUUCGUGUUAGAGCAUUGAGCGAUUUAAAUGGCUUCCAUGUUAGAACACUGUGAUUUGCUGGUGCAUUAGAGGAAAUCCUUUUUAAAUUCAAGGUUGCUACGGUAAUGCGACUCUUAAAUGGCUUCCGUGUUAGAGCACUGUGAAUGGUUAGUGCAUUAUAGAGGAAAGCCAUUCAAGAGUCAAGGCUGCUGCGUUAAUCCUUCUCUUAAAUGGCUUGGCUGGUGUGUAUUUGAGAGAAGCCAAUGAAGUCAUACGAAAUAUGCGCAAAUGUUUUUGAUAUAUGAAAUGAAGAUAAAAAUGAAAUCAAUCUA